AUGACAGUGAGAGAACGUAACAACUUCUGCUUGCUUCUUGAUUCUUGGACGCUACACGAUCUUGCAUCAGCCUGUUUGGAUGCCUGCAGAUAUGAGCUUACGGCUUUGGUUAGAACGUGUGGGCUUGAAAUGCUGGAUGACAUAUAUGAUUUGCACACAUGGCUUUCUAGGGAAAAUGGACAAGAUGAGCAGCGGAUGGAGAAAUUUUCUUUGAGGAAGCAGCUAAAUUUGAAAUGCCAAGUACGGAAUGUUGGUGCUCGUGCAUUGAGCCGACUUACGUGGGAAUUGAACAUGAUGCCACCGUUUACCAUUCAAUGCCAAUUUCAAGUUAUAUGCCAUCAGGCAGACAGAAUUUCUUUUUAA